AUGCUUAGGGCGAAACUCGUGGACGAUCCCCAAAUCAAAUAUGCGUCAUUGCAUAACCCUCUCCCUACUCAACUUCAUGCCUAUGUGUGGCCUUUCCUGAUCAUCUGGCCUGCCUUCUUCGCCGUCUACCUCUCCCCUGAGCGCUACGAUACAUACAUUCAAGGGCAAGAAUGGACAUUCGUCUGGUCUGGAUCGAUCAUCACGGCGCAGUCCCUCCUUUGGUUGAUGACAAAAUGGAACAUCAACAUCCAAACCCUGUUCACCGCGACCAAGGCCCGAUCCCUCGACUCUGCGCAGCUCAUUAAAGUGAUACCGGUUGCCAACGCUGGCUCUGCUGAGAUUUGCCCUUUGCAUUGCGACACAAUGGGUGGAAAGAAGACAUUCUCGUUUCUCUUCCAGAAGCGCCGCUUUCUAUACUACCCGGAGCGUCAAUGUUUCGCGCCCUUGUCGUACGUCCUUGACGCGGAGCCCAAGCCCCCCGUCAAGGUCUUUCAGCAAGCCCAGGGCUUAACCUCCAAGGAAGAAAUCGAUCGCAUCCAGCAUCACUAUGGAGACAACACGUUUGAUAUUCCCGUUCCGACAUUCAUGGAGCUAUUCAAGGAGCAUGCUGUGGCGCCCUUCUUUGUUUUCCAGGUCUUCUGCGUUGGCUUGUGGAUGCUGGACGAAUACUGGUACUAUUCUUUGUUCACCCUGUUCAUGCUGGUCGUGUUCGAAAGCACCGUUGUGUGGCAACGUCAGAGAACCCUCAACGAGUUCCGUGGCAUGAACAUCAAGCCUUACGAUGUUUGGGUGUAUCGCCAAAAGAAGUGGCAAGAGUUGACAAGUGACAAGCUUCUGCCUGGAGAUCUGAUGUCCGUUAAUCGCACCAAGGAGGAUAGUGGCGUUGCUUGUGACAUUCUCUUGAUUGAAGGUAGUGCUAUUGUCAAUGAGGCCAUGCUGUCGGGCGAGAGCACACCCCUCCUGAAGGAGUCGAUCCAGCUUAGACCCGGUGACGACUUGAUUGACCCGGACGGUUUGGACAAGAACGCCUUUGUUCACGGAGGUACCAAGGUAUUGCAAAUCACCCAUCACAAUUCGAACGGAGAAGAUGGGUCGGAGAAGGCGCGGAAACUUUCAUCCGGGGUUCCUCUUCCUCCGGACAAUGGCGCUGUUGGUGUGGUUGUGAAGACUGGUUUCGAGACCAGCCAGGGAAGCCUUGUUCGUACCAUGAUUUAUUCCACCGAGCGCGUCUCCGCCAACAACGUUGAAGCCCUGCUGUUCAUUCUUUUCCUCCUCAUAUUCGCCAUUGCUGCUGCAUGGUAUGUGUGGCAGGAGGGUGUAGCGAAGGAUCGCAAAAGAUCGAAGCUGCUUCUUGAUUGCGUCCUUAUCGUCACUAGCGUCGUUCCUCCCGAACUGCCUAUGGAACUCAGUCUUGCCGUCAACACGAGUCUGGCUGCACUGAGCAAGUUUGCAAUUUUCUGCACCGAGCCUUUCCGUAUCCCCUUUGCCGGACGUGUGGAUGUCGCUUGUUUUGACAAGACUGGCACAUUGACUGGCGAGGACCUGGUUGUCGACGGUAUUGCUGGUCUCACCCUGGGCCACGAGGGUGCCGAUGUUGGAAAGGACGGCGCUCACACGGAACUUGCCAAGUCUGCUAAUGUCCCACUCGACACGACCCUAGUUCUUGCGAGCGCUCACGCUCUGGUAAAAUUGGACGAAGGCGAAGUCGUUGGUGAUCCCAUGGAGAAGGCGACAUUGCAGUGGCUCGGCUGGACUCUGGGCCGGAACGACACUCUCAUGAGCAAGGCUGCUGCGCUCGCAGGCCCCCGCACAGUUGAAUCUGUGCAGAUCAAGAGACGGUUCCAGUUCUCAUCUGCCCUCAAGCGUCAAAGCACAAUUGCUACAGUGGUAACGGCCGACCGUAAGACGUCCAAGAAGACCAAGGCUACCUUCGUCGGUGUCAAGGGUGCUCCUGAAACUAUCAGAACCAUGUUGGUCAACACGCCACCGCACUAUGAAGAGACCUUCAAGUACUUUACUCGGAAUGGUGCUCGAGUUCUUGCCCUCGCAUACAAGUAUCUCUCUGAGGAAUCCGAGUUGUCCCAGGGACGUAUUAACGGUUAUAUUCGUGAAGAAAUCGAAGCUGACCUGAUUUUUGCCGGCUUCCUUGUCCUUCAAUGUCCUUUGAAGGAAGACGCUAUCAAGGCGGUGCGCAUGCUUAAUGAAAGCAGCCACCGUGUGGUCAUGAUUACCGGCGACAAUCCCUUGACAGCCGUUCAUGUCGCGCGCAAAGUUGAGAUUGUGGACCGUGACGUCCUUAUCUUGGACGCUCCUGAGGACGACAUGUCCGGCACAAGACUGGUGUGGAGAUCCAUCGAUGACAAGUUCAACCGCGACGUGGAUCCAACUCAGGACUUGGACCCUGAGAUUAUCGAAACAAAGGACAUCUGUAUCACCGGUUACGCUUUGGCUAAAUUCAAGGGUCAGAAGGCUUUUUCAACCCUUCUGCGUCACACCUGGGUUUAUGCUCGCGUGUCCCCCAAGCAGAAGGAAGAUAUUCUUGUCGGACUCAAGGAUGCUGGUUACACCACUCUGAUGUGCGGUGACGGAACCAACGACGUCGGGGCUUUGAAGCAGGCCCACGUUGGUGUUGCACUGCUGAACGGAUCGCCCGAGGAUCUUGCGAAAAUCGCAGAACACUACCGCACGACAAAGAUGAAGGAAAUCUAUGAGAAGCAGGUGUCCAUGAUGCAACGUUUCAAUCAGCCACCCCCGCCUGUUCCUGUCCAGAUUGCGCACCUUUACCCCCCGGGACCACGCAACCCGCACUAUCAGAAGGCUAUGGAAAGGGAGGCUCAACGCAAGGGUGCCGCCACGCUGGCCACGGCAGGAAACCAGACAGAGCAUAUCCCCACUAUCACCUCGCCUGGCGCGCAGGCUCUGCAGCAAUCCAAUGCCAACCUGACUCCUCAGCAACAGCGACAGCAGCAAGCUUCUAUUGCAGCUGCCGGCUUCGCUGACAAGCUUACAUCUUCCAUGUUGGAGCAGGAAUUAGAUGACAGCGAGCCCCCUACAAUCAAGCUGGGAGACGCUUCGGUUGCUGCGCCGUUCACCAGCAAGCUAGCUAAUGUUAUCGCGAUCCCCAACAUCCUGCGUCAAGGUCGUUGUACCCUGGUGGCGACAAUUCAGAUGUACAAGAUCCUUGCCCUGAACUGCCUGAUCAGCGCCUACAGUUUGAGUGUCAUCUACCUUGACGGUAUCAAGUUUGGUGAUGGUCAGGUCACCAUCAGCGGCAUGCUCAUGAGUGUCUGCUUCCUUUCAAUUUCCCGAGCCAAGUCCGUGGAGGGUUUGUCCAAGGAGCGGCCCCAGCCGAACAUUUUCAAUGUGUACAUCAUUGGCUCCGUUCUCGGCCAGUUCGCCAUCCAUAUCGCUACUCUGAUCUACCUGUCGAACUAUGUCUAUUCCAUUGAACCGAGAAAAUCCGACAUCGAUUUGGAGGGCGAAUUCGAGCCAUCGCUUCUCAACAGCGCCAUCUACCUCCUGCAGCUCAUCCAGCAGAUCUCCACUUUCUCCAUCAACUAUCAAGGCCGACCCUUCCGAGAGUCGAUCCGCGAGAACAAGGCGAUGUACUGGGGCUUGGUUGCCGCAUCUGGCGUUGCCUUCUCAUGUGCCACUGAGUUCAUUCCGGAAUUGAAUGAGAAGAUGCGCCUUGUUCCAUUCAGCACUGAGUUUAAAGUCACACUAACUGUGUUGAUGAUCAUUGACUACGCCGGUUGCUGGAUCAUCGAAAACGUUUUGAAGAAUCUGUUCAGUGACUUCCGGCCCAAGGACAUCGCGGUUCGCCGGCCCGAUCAACUGCAGCGCGAGAUGGAGCGCAAGAAACAAGAGGAGUUGGAGACUCAGGCAGAGAAGGAACGACAGAGGAAGGUCUAA